AUUUGUUCUAUGUUUCCAAUAUAUAAUCCAAAUAUAACGAAUAUUUUUUAGCAUGAAAAAUAUCAAGCUCGAUAUUUUUCUGCAGCGGAAACUGAUGCUUUUAUUGUGAAAGGUACACCUCUCAACCGGAAACUAUAAUUUCCAUUCUCUGGCGUACUGAAAGAAAUUAAUCUCGCACUUUUCUGGUUUUCUGAGAGCCGUAUCCGUCUGGAACAAUGCAGAUAUGCAGCGUGUGCAGCGAACAAACCCCAAAAUACAGAUGUCCAAGCUGCAGAAUACGAUAUUGUUCACUGGGCUGUUACAAGAAGCACAAAGACACCUGCCUUCCUGCUGAGAAACCGGCUUCACAAAGUCCUGCAUCUAAAGAUGCUGCUGGAUCUGAGCCUUGGAGUGUGGAAGAUCUUCUGCAAGAAGACGACAUCAUUGACAAAGUGCCACUACAGAGACUUCAGUCACUAAGUCAAUCCACAGAGCUGAGAGAUCUUCUCUGCAACCCCCACCUAAGACAGCUGCUGCGCUCCGUUGACGACGCAGAAAGCAAAGACGCUGCGAUUAAAGCCGCCAUGCAGGAACCUCUGUUUGUGGAGUUUGCAGACGAGUGUUUAAAAGUUGUGGAAAAUGAAGGAAAUGCAUUAACUGACUGAUUAAUAAAAAGUGUCCAAAAUUUCUUAUAUAUCUUCUUUGUACCUGCCAUAGCUGCUCUCAAUGUAAUUAUAGUGCAACAGUAUGUAUAUAAUGUUCAAAU